AUUUUUAGUUUGCUCACAGCCGCAGUAUAACAGCAGACGGCAAGAGGCAAGGAGCAAGUGCUAAGUGGGCAAUGGAAGAUGCAUUUUUAGCCCUUUGUGAAGAAGUCCGGUUGCUGCAAACUAAAUGCAGAAAACAGGCAGAAUUACUUGAAAAGCUGCUUGCAGUAAAAGGCAUUAGCAAUGAGAUGCCCAUUUCAAAACCUAUCCAAUGUACUGAUGUUGGAAACCCUACAUGCUCAGAAUGUCCUUUCAUCAGAUUGCAAGAGAAGCAAGACCAAAGUGUGGAAUCCUCAGAUACAAUGGAAGAUAACAAUACCACAUCUCUAGCAGAAGAUAUUAGGGGAAACCCUAGUGUCUUGUUGGAUUUUGAUGUGAAAUUCCCACCAACCACAGAAAAUUUCAGUUUUCUAGCGAGUGAAGUUGAGAAACAUAAGCUUGAUGUUGGUCAUUCCAGUGGUGAUAAAGAUGGCAGUAACGCUGAUCUUGAAUCAUUUAUUAAAAACUAUACACCACAAUUUCCAAAUAUCAAUGGGGGAAAAAGAACUUGUGAUACCACAGCUGGAGGUCUUCACUGUUUAAUUCCAGUUGGAGCAGAUCUCAGUAUGUCUAAUUUAUAUGAUGAAGAUCUUUGCUUUCUACAGUCAAAGGAUAUAUCUCUUGGAGUGUGUCUGGCACCAAAGGAUCAAUAUUUAUUUGGAGUGAAAGGACCAGUUCAGCCCUGCUGGAGUCCAAGCGGCCUCUCUGGAGAAUGCCAGUUUGGCUGUGAAAUGGAUAUGAAUUCUGAUGUUGGCCUCAGCUCUCAGAUAUGUGAAUUCUGCCAGGCUAUAUUUCCAGCUGGAGCUGCGACCAAAGGAGAGUAUCUUCGACAUAUAACUGGGCAUGUGGAAUGAGCAUCAGCAUCUGCUCACUCAGCAGGGAAAUACCUAUUUGGUAGAAGACAGAAUUCACCAUGAUGGCCUGAUAAAUAAUCUUCUAUGACACUGUGGUUCUAGACAAACAUAUUUCUCAAUAAAGCUGGAUUAUAUUUUUUA